GAAGGCGUGGUCGAGACGUCUCGGGCUAGAGUACGACGGGCAGCCAACAACAGGAGUGGCUGGGGGGUCAAAGGGCAUGGCAAGCUAAGUCAACCUUGGCCGAGGCACACAUCGCACAGUUAGUCAAAGAGUAGAAGUCGACGAAGCGGUGGCGUAUUCGUAUACGCAAUAGGACCAUCAUGAUAAUGCACGCCCUGUUGUCCCUGGACCCGACCAGAGGCGACCUCGCAGCUCGGCAUCCACAAGCACGUGUAGCAGCCCCUGCCCUUUCUUCAGUCGUGUCCACGACCCUCCCUACCCUACCAGGAUCUCGGGUAAACGGAUCCGCGCGCUCGAGGACACAACAGCGAGAGAUUGUCGAGCCACGACAGUCACAUGCCUUUGUGCCUCGCCGUGCGCCCGGUGCCCUGGGGCAAGAGAGAAACCAAGGAUACCCUCUGUUGACAGAGUGCUCAGUAAGCGGCGAAGGUUACGGGGACAGGCCUUUUGGAAUGGUUGCAGCAAUGACAAGGCUGAGCGAGGAGAGGGGGGCUGUGAGGAAGGUGUUGCUGCUGUUGUUGUUGUUGUUGUUGUUGUUGUUGUUGUUGUUGUUGUUGUUAGAGGGCGUUAUUCUGCUCAUUUCCUCUUGUGCCGUUGCUGGCGGGCCCAGCGAUAUCAGCUGCUUCGAGGAAGCCCGGCGACGCCGUGGGGAACGUCAGCGCGCAGAAGGGAGAGAGGGGGGGGGGCUGACGGCAACUAUCUCAAAUCUUGUCAUGGUUGCUGCGCGCCCCAGGCUGCUACAACCCCACACAGUCGCCUCUGAUAUGUGUAAGCUGAUAUGGGGUAUUCUUGGAUCAUGGGAUUUAGCGUGGUUGUGGUGGAACCGACGAUUGUUUCGGGGGGCCGGCGCCCAUUAGAUCAGACGGGUGUGGUAUAUUCUUCGUACUCAGAUCCAAGGCGACGUCAGUCAGUCAGCAAUCAGAAUGCUCAGGCACAAAUGACAAAAUGCGGAGGGACGUUGCGUUGUCAGAUGUUUCUUGGAUCGACGAGCUGGCCAAGGGUGUACUCUACAGUAGACGAGAAGGUUUUUUGCUCAUCUCGCUUCGCCGCCGAGG